AUGGUGUACGACUCGACAAUUAGCUUCACGCUCGACACGAUAUGCCCAUGGACCUAUCUUGCGCGCCGCAGGCUGCAGCGCGCGCUCGAGCGGGUGCGGACUGAGCAACCCGACAGCGGCACCACCUUCACCCUCAAGUAUCUGCCCUAUCAGCUGUAUCCCGAAGCCAGUAAGGAGGGCGAGGGCAAGUACGAGUGGUACAAGAAGUCGCGCUACGGGGACAGCGAUGAAAAGAUGAGGAUGUACACUACCAUCAUGAGUGCAUAUGGCCGUGAUGCUGGCAUCGACUUCAAAUUCGGCGGCACGGUGGCGAACACGCUGGAUGCCCAUCGUGUGAUUCAACACUUCCAGGAAAAGAGCGGCCCAGAAGUUGCUGACAAGAUUGUGGAAUCACUGUACAGCCAGUACUUCGAAAACGAGAAGCAUCCGAGCGCUGCCAAUACGCUGCUCCAAGCGACUGCAGACGCAGGCAUUGCCGAAUCCGAGGCCAAGCCCGUCAUCGACGACGAAUCCGAGGGCCUGAUGGACGUCAAGAUGCUGAUCCAGGAACAAACAGGCAACGGCGUCGAUGUCGUUCCCUACAUCGUCAUCGACGGGCGCCGGCGCGAUGUGACGCUCGAGGGCGCUCGCGAGGUCGACGAAUACGUCAAGGCGCUGCAGCGCGUUAUCAAGGAGAACGCAUGA